AUGAUCAAGACGUUGGCGUUUCGACUUGGAGCACGGCAUAAAUUUUUCCACAUUUUCCACUACGAAUCAAAGAAUUUCAGAGGCUACAUGAAUGAGGGCAAUGACAACUCGUAUUGGGCGCCAUUUGCGCAGCAAUUACCGAUUGCAAUUGCAAAGACCUAUAUGGACGUCGUUAAUCAUGACAAUAAGAUUAGGCGGAUAUUCCGAGUCCGAGUGCAUGCUGACCGAAGUGAAGAGGAAGAACUGAUAAAUUCAUGGCGUCAAUUGAUGAACACCAUUGUUGAAGCAAUGAAACGUGGAUAUGAAGGUUGUGCCUCGCAGAAAACACCAAUGAGGCUUAGUAUAACAAAGUAA